GGGGCGGAGCUGCGGGAAGCGGCAGCCGCGGUGGCUCGUGGCUGCCUGGGCGCCGGGCUGGUGGCAACGGGCGCCCCGGGUUUGCCGCGGUUCUCCGCCCCGCCAUCGCCGGCCUUGUGCCUCUCGCCGCCCGGCGUGACCCGCGCCUCUCCUGCCGCCUCCGCGCAGCCAUAGCGGUGCAAGGCAUGAAGCUGAGCAAAGCCCAGUACGAUGAGAUAGCCCAGUUCCUGGGGCACGUGCAGCCCACCCGGCAGAGUCUGAGGAAGCUGAAGGAGAAGUUUCCUAGGAAUCCAUUCUGUGUUCACAGAAGAGAAAGCAAGUCCUGAAUGAGACCUAUAAAUUUGAUUCUGUGAUUACAUGUGCACGUUGCACGUUGUCCUAAUUGGAUUGUGCACCUUUUGGAGGGGCUUUGUGGUAUUAAAUUCACAUACAAGAAAUCUGACAGAAGAGUGAGACUUUAAACAUUGUGGAAUCUUUGAACUACCUAUGCUGUGCCUUAGUAGUCAAUCGCAGUCCACUCUGCUGAGCAUCUUCUCCCAGGAGUACCAGAAACAAAUCAAAAGAACACAUGCCAAGCAUCACACUGCUGAAGCUGUUGAAACUUACUACCAAAGGUACCUGAAUGGGGUGAUGAAAAAUGCAGCUGCCCCAGUAUUACUGGACCUGGCCAAUGAGGUGGACUUUGCCCCAUCAUUGAUGGCUCGUAUUGUGUUGGAAAGAUUUCUACAAGAAAAAGAACAAGCCAUCCCCUCCAAAACACUUAUAAAUAGCAUGCUACGGGACCCUUCUCAGAUUCCAGAUGGAGUGCUAGCAAAUCAAGUCUAUCAGUGUACUGUGAAUGACUGUUGUUAUGGACCACUGGUGGACUGCAUCAAACACGCUAUUGGGCAUGAGCACGAAGUCUUGCUGCGAGAAAUGCUUUUGGAAAGAAAUCUCUCUUUCAUUGCUGAAGAUCAGCUUCGUGCAAAGGGUUAUGACAAAACACCAGACUUUAUUUUAGAAGUGCCUGUAGCUGUGGAAGGACACAUAAUUCACUGGAUUGAAAGCAAAGCCUCAUUUGGUGAUGAAAGUAGCCACCAAGCCCACUUGCAGGACCAGUUUUGGAGCUACUGGAACAGGUUUGGCCCUGGAUUAGUCAUCUACUGGUAUGGAUUUAUUGAGGAGCUGGACUGCCAUCGUGAACGUGGUAUCCUGCUAAAAGACUGCUUCCCUACUGACAUUGUGACUCUGCGACACAGCAUGGCUCAGCGCUGAUGUUGGGAGGAAGAGGUACUGUAGCAAAUUUCUGGCACACUGAAGUCCAAAAGAACUACGUGCAGGAGCUUUCUUUGUGUGAGUUAUUUCUGAAGGAGUUUACCAUCCCAGCGUUCAAGAAGAGGAAUUAAAAAAAAAGAUACAAGAGUGCUUCAUACUGGAUCAGCUCCACAAGAUAAAUAGGGCACACAAAUGGACAGAAGUUUCCUGAGUACUUGUUUUCUUGUAAGAGCCUUGUUUUUCUCUUGUUGGAACCACCAAGAUCAGAAGUUCAUUGAGGUGGGUGUUAGCCCUUCGUGCAGUUUUGAGUUCAGUCUCUUCUUUUUCCAUCCACAUCACCCCUCAGAGGAGCAAGACUGGGUCUCAGGUUUGUGCUCUCAGAUGUUUCUUAAUGACAGCAGCUUGUUGGGCUUGACACACUUCAGUACUCUUCUCUGUGCUAGCUAUUACUCAGGAAAGGAGAAAAUAUUUUAAAAUGUCAGUGAGAGAUUUGCCUGUAUGCUCAUCAUGUUCAGAUUUUCUGAGAAGAGCUAUGGAUUCAGCUGUAGAAAUAAAGGUCUGAUAAAAGUCUCCCCAAAAGCACAAGUUGAUGAUCUUUUCCAGAAAGAAAGGGUCUCUAAAACAUUACAGUGCACAUUCAUCACCUUUUUUUAGGAAGUGAUAUGUUGUGUGCCUGUAUGUUUUCAAAAAUCACAUGCAGACUUUUUAGAGUCUUGCCUUGAGUGGAAAGGAUAUUAAACCUAUUCAGGAGUUUUUCAGCUGUAGUUUUCAGAUGCAUACACAGAAUUUUUUUUUUAAUUUUUAGUUUUCACCUUAACACUUUCUGGUAAGUUUUAGACAGGAGUUUAUAAUUUUGACAAAUCUUUUAUUUUCAAGAAAAAAUGUCUUUAAUCUUCUAGUACUCUGUCCCUUGCUUGUAUAGAGAUAUUUUCCUGGGUUUGAAUGUGUUAUAGUGAAGAGAUUAGUUUUUUAAAAUAUUCAAACACCUGUAACUCAUUUGUGUUCAGCAAUUUAAGGUAUUGUGCUGAGCUUCUUUUACCUGACCAGCUGUAAGGUAUCUGCCCAUACAGAUUCACAGAAGCAGUCUGUGAAUGUACCAGCCUAAUGAUACACACAAAAGCCACAUUGAGGGUGUUACUCCCCCUGGGAAUUUUAACUGUGGUUUAGGUUAGUGGCAUGUGUAAAAUCAGCAAGAGAAUAAAAAAGAAGGAAUAACUGAACAUUGUCAUAGUAGAAAAUCCAGAAGUAAUGGUUGUCUGAGCGAAAUGGGUUUUAAAGGCAAACAGUAUUUGUUUUAGCUACUGCAUAUGCUUUCUGUUGUAUGAAAUCAUUUAAAUCAGCUUUUACAUCAUAUGCUAAUGAUGCUUUUUCUUUUUGAGUAAAUUAAAUUUAUCUGCACAGAUGUUGAAAAUUCUGCUAACCUUCAUCAAAGUUUUGCUUUAUUUGUUUUUGCAUUAAACAAAUUUAUGUGGAGACACACAGAUAAAUCAGUUUAGGCUGAUAUUUGUGUAUUUAUUCCUCUACCUAAUGCUGUGACAUAACAGGUUGGAAAGCAGUACAGUUGUCUUUAAUCUGAGCUUUGAACUCAUCUUCACAUAUUGCCCACUUAAAGAAUCUGUAUUAGAAUGUGGAUGAAAUUAAUCACAAAACUCUAUAUACUGUACCAAUUUCAUUGCAUGCUAUCAAAAAAGCUUUGCCACUAAAAAAACUAUGCUGUGUCACUAUUUUAAAUGCUGAAAGCAAAACAUUAAAAAAAUUAGGACUGUUUUGUUAUUACUGCUUGUAUACUG